AUGGGUGAAGAAUCACAAAUGCAAGGUGAAAAUUUGUUAGCCCACGAUGAGUAUUUGUAUACGAAUGAAUAUGGUAUCCCUCCUCCAAGACAGGAGAACGUUACGGAAUUAAGUCGCUAUUUAAAUGAUUUAAGAAAUGCCCUCAAUGAGAAAAAUUAUUUUUUCCAGAGGCAUGAGUUGGAACAAAGCCUUGAACGAAUUGCUUUACGAAACCGAGAAAUGAAUGUUCAAAACGAAGAGUAUGAAAGAACUGUCAUUCAUUUUACAAAUAAUAUGCGUGCACUUGAACAAUUACGUGCGAUCGAAAGCCGCUUGAACCACUACAGAAAUGAAGAGGAAACAAAUAACAGUCAACCUCCACAAUGGUUUGUCAAUUUUUUAAAUGAUCCUAAUGGUGGGUUCCUCUCUCUGAAACAGGGAGUAGGUUCCCUAAGGCAGGAAGUAGGUUCCCUAAGGCAGGAAGUAGGUUCCAUAAGGCAGGAAGUGGUCUUAAUGGAACAACGACAAAAUUUGCGAUUCGAUGGAAUAGAUCAAAAGCUGAAUAAACAGGAGUAUCGAUACUAUAGAUUGCACAACAUUCAGAUGAGGUCUUUAGGGAAAUCGAUUGAUAUUGUUCCAUAUUUAAAUGGUCAAUUACCGGACAUUGAUUUACCGCGAAUUUAUUCAAUUGAAGAUAUAGAGAGGUUAACAAAAGACCAAUGUACUAGGUAUCUCAACGGUUACGGAAUUCGAUUUGGGCCGAACGAGACGAUAAAGUUGAAAGAGCGUAUUCGUGAUGCCGUUGGGUUACACUCUGUUACAGAUGCCGAGUUUCGUUUUUCUGCAUUCUACUAA